AUGCCACGUGCCCCCGACGCUAAUGACGUUGCGGUGGCCGAUUCUUGUAUCGUUCCGUCGACGAAGAAGAAGGAGAAGAAGAAACGGCAUAAGCAUAAAUUUGUGGAGCUCCGCGCGGCCUUCUCGGAGCUGUGCUGGACGCAUCUCCAUGGCGCGCGGAGCGCGCCAGAGGCGGCGCCGGUCAAGAAGCCCGCGCGGAGCUCCAACAGUAUAUUGUUAUGCAGUUUUUUCGUCCUCCAUUCAGUCGGCAUCGUCCUCCUCUGGCCUUCACCCCCUCCCCGCCAGAGGAGCGCGCCCGAUCCGACGGGCGCCAGCCCGCGCACGGAAGUCGCGGAUGCGUCGCUAAUCGGCAGCGGGGGCGUUGCGCUUCCGCCGCCCCCUUCCUUGGCGGCGAAAGCCGCGCCUCCGCCCUCUCUUUUGAGCCUGCGGCCAGCGCUGCUUCGGCAGCGCCGCGGGGGUGCGCCCAGACCUGCCACGUUGGUCGGACAUCGGACAUUUUGA